CACAUGGCUGCCCAAGAUUCACCGCAUAACACGAAACUUUUCACUCACUCGCUAUAAUAAACUGGACCCUGCUGUGAAAGAUUGUGUGCAAGUUUCAUCACGUCCUUUGUUGACGAUGAUAAGCCAGCACUGAUUUAGUGCUUAUCCAGCCGCAGUGUCAAAUACAAGUAACCAAAAUGAUAGUUUAAGAGUAACUAAUAAAAUUUCAAAUGUGUGCUGCUCAAUAAUAAUAAUAUAAUGACUGACCAUAAAUGUUCUUUGUGUUGACGACAUGUUGAAUUCAUUAUAUAAUAAGAUUACUGCGAGCUUCUCGGCGCCGGGUAAGGAAAUUUCGAAAAAGGGGACGAUAAAUCAAUGGUUGUGAUUGUGGGAGUGGUGGUGCUGGGGUUCGUGUCGGUGGUGUUGCAGGUUUCGUUUUAAAAUAGUUCUGAUUUUGAGCUGCCAUUUCAUCAUCAUAACCAAUCAUGUCCAAUACAAGGUUUCCUGAAAAGUUUAGAGUAUUCUUGAAAAAUUUGAAGGGAAAUGCACCACCAAGGGCCAGACCAGAUGAUAAUAAUGUCAUCUUAACCGCUGAAUUGGAAGCAGACCUCAAACCGGAAGCACCGCUCGCCAAUCGUAUCAAAGCCAUUAAAGAAUUGACAGAAUCAUGCGAGACGAAAAAGGCAGAGUUGUACGUCAUAGAGAAGAUUUGGACCCUGGUGAACGAUUUAUUUAAAACCAAAGAUGGUCAAUCUCCGUCCAAGGAGGCGCGUCACCUCACAUUCGACUUGAUGACGGCCCUGGUGCAAGCCCAGAUGGAGAAGACGGGGGUCAUCAGGGCCAAGCUUUUUGUCUUUAUAAAGGGUCACGAAAAUCCGGAAGACAUUUACAAAAAGUUUCAACUCCUCCAGAGUUUAACAAUGAAUGGGAAGGAUCUCGAAUAUUUUGAAGAAAGGCUCGGUCCCCUCUUGCACGAUUGGAUCUUCCAUAAACAAAUUGGAAACAUUCCUAUGAUUGCAUUUCUCGGUUUUGUGGUGAAUGUGAUUAAAUACAACAAUACAUUUCUGGACCAGGACAUAUUAUCCGAAAUAAUUCAAAAUGUUUGCGUGAUUAACUGCAUUUCCGAGUCUUUACCUCACACUGUGGAAUGUCUCAAGCUUUUCGAGGCUGUUUUGUCAUAUGGGAGACUGCCAAUUGAUUGCUUAACUAAUUUCUUGAUCACGUUAUGCCAUACAAUCAACGUUGACAGCUUGACCGAAACUUGCUCUAAAGUUACAAAGAAUUUGCUCGGGACUCAUUUGGGAAAUUCUGCCAUUCAUACGAUGUGUGGAUUCAUGGAAAGCUCGGAUGAACGGUUCGACAACGAAACUUUGGUUAGAGGAGCUGUAGUUUUAGUUGGAACCAGUUUGUGGGGUGUUAAGUUCAUUAGAGGUCUCAAGUACAGUUUUAAUUUGGUAUUGCAAUCUUUCGAUAAGGCGCUGGACAAAAAACAUAAGAAGGCAACAUAUGAAGUGCAGCUAAGAAUUCAAGAACUGGUGCAAAGCAACUGUGACGUUUUGACAACCGUAACGUGGGAUCUAAUUCUUCAAAUAACGUCAAGAAUACUGAGUUUCGCAAAGACUGAUUGUAAGGACGAUCCACAUAAUUAUGUGAAGAUUAUGACGGCAGUUAACAACACUUUGGACGCUAUUGAAGCCAUAUUAUUUACGAAAAGUUUCUGCGGAGAAGUAGAACAGUUUUUUGACUUGGUGGACAGUUGUUAUCUGUCUAGACCGAUUGGAUCUGUUGAAAAGUUAAUGCAAUACAAAGCUUCUACUCAACUUCAUACUGCCAAAGCGGAAUGGUUUGAGUCGCUGGUCACUUUUACCGAAAAACAUUUGCGAUUCGAAGUCCGACCUGCUGUGAAAGCCAAGGCGAUGCCCAUCAUUACAAAGAUAUGCUUGAUGAACAGAGAUAUCUAUGAAGAAGACUUGAUUGUCAAAGUCAUACUUCCGUCGAUGAAGAACUUGGAGAAUGAAAAUGACCCUAAUGUUCGAGUAUCCGGUGUGAACUUUUUGGUGGACUUCUUGAUGGAAUCAUCGUCAAAGAAGGGGCAUGAUUUAUUGCACAUUUUAGACAAGAUAAUUAAUCGACCUUAUGAAAUUCAUGCGCAAACUGGCUCAGACACAGUUCACAUUUACUCUGAAAGCGAAGUUGAUGACAUUGUGCGAGCUGUUGAAGGGAUUGUGAAACUGUUCAAAAGAAAAAUUUACCAUUUGCCAUCGUCCAUUGCAGUGAGUGCGUACAAAAGUCUAGUGAAACAUAUGGGGAAUCACUACAAAAAACCUGCCGUUUUGGACAUUUGCUACAAAAUUAGAUAUAAGAUUUUUGAUUGCUUCUUUGCGAUCCGUGCUAAUUCCCUCUAUCAUCUCGGGUUUCCAUUGGAAGGUGCUAAAUUAACGUACAGCUCUUAUCUUGCCGUUGAUCACCGCGACGGGGAUGAAAAGAUGAUUCUAGACCAGCAAGAAAUUGGCCAACAAAUAACCGUUUCUUCGGUCGGCGGUGGUAGUGGGGUUGGUGGGGGUUCUAUGAUGCCAGGAACUUCCUCCUCCUUUCAAUCAUCUUGUGUGACGUUCAUCUCGUUGACGGCAGCAUGCAAACUAGUCGUAGGAAGUUUAAAGAAGGAAAAAGAUUGGAAUGUGCUCGAACUCGUGUUACGCAGUUUGCCAAGCGUUCUGGAAAAUAAAGCUCUGAUAUUGUCAAAGAAUGGGAAUGAUAUAGAUUAUCUUGGAAAUGCCUUAUGCAAUAUGAUCAUGGACAAAUCUCUCAACCUGCCAGAAUCAUUAAAGAACUGCCCUGUAACGUCAAAAUUGACCAAGACGGAUUUUCAAGCCUAUUUGUAUCCAAUUUUUACAGCCUUGGUCUCAUACCACUCGUUCUUGGAUAGUACCACACAACAAAAGAUUGUCAUGUGUCUGAAACAAGGCGUGGCGUCAAAAAUAUGUCGAAUGUGUAUUCUCGCCCUGACGGUCUGUACCCUCGAGAUGAAAGACACGAUGCAUAAGUUGCUUCCCGAUGUUUUACUCGCUGUGUCAAAAAUCACACCAAGGUUUGAUAUCGCCAUCCCCGUUUUAGAAUUCUUGUCGACAUUGAUACACCUUCCUCGCGUGUUCGCCUCAUUUGUGGAUGUCCAAUACAUGUCAAUCUUCGCGAUUGCACUCCCAUACACCAACCCGUUCAAAUUCAACCAGUACACAGUCUCUUUGGCACAUCACGUCAUUGCAUUAUGGUUCUUGAAAUGCCGUUUUAGUUUUCGGCGACAAUUUGUCGGGUUCAUCAUUAAAGGAUUAGAAUCCAACGUGUGGGGUCCCCUGGAGGAGGGUAAUCGUCGCUAUGAAUCAUCACUAGGAUUGCAAAAUGAAGACUCGUCCAACCGGAAACGUAGCUCUAGUCUGACCGAUCGGAGACAAACAGAUCAGCGCCGAGAACGACCCAUAUCUGGUCAUACUCAAGCCGUUGUGGGGCAACGGCUGACCUCAUUCGAUUCCAAAGAUGCAGCUGACAAAUCAUUACAAACAUUUCAUCACGAGUUGACCGAAACUUGUCUGGAUUUUAUGAUGCGAUAUGCAUUUGCUGACUGCUCCGCCCUUCCGACAAGAUUCCCAACCACAAACUUUUUAGUUGAGGGUGGAAUUUCUCAAUCAUGGUUAAUUGAUAACCGAAUUAUUACAAUCACGACAAGUGGUUGUUCUCAAAAGGAACUCAAGGACGGCGUUUGCGACAAGUGUUUCCUUAUUUGUCGGAAGCAAAAGAGCUUAGAGGACAGCAAAAGAGCAUCCCAUGAUGCAACGGCAACCCCUGCGCUUUCACGAAGUCUCUCUGUUCGUACUACAACUACAACAUCUGGAUCGCAAAACCAAAGUAAUUUGGCACGAAGAAGACAUGUGUCGGCUUUUGCAGGUGCAGGUGCUUAUCAAAAGUAUCCCCAAACUGGAGAUUCUGGAAAACCUGGAAUCAACGACUGUUCGGUUGGUGGAGUUGAGGAUAGAAAGACAGAAAUGAAAGAUGAUUUGCAAUUGGAGAACAAAUUGAUUAAUCAUGGUGCUGAUGGUGAAGAAGGAAACAUUGGGUCUGGACUUCUUGGGGGUAGCUCUCCUUUCAUUUCUGAAUAUUCGCAUAAAACAAAGAGCGAGACCUUUCUGUGUUCUUGUUGGUGUGCUGGAUGGGCUGAAAUCUUGAUUCGCAGUCCUACCGGCAAUACUUCGUGGAUGAUGCGAGUUCAGAAUCACACUGGAAAUAACAACACGGCAGGCAUUCCAUACAAGGAUCUCUCGUCUAUUUACUUGCAAAAUGUUGUGGAACCCUGUCAAGCUGAUAACUUCAUGUCGAGUACGACAAGUUCUACGCUCUCGUCUCCAACACAUGGUCAGCAACCUUUGUUAAUUUCGCAAACAUCAGUGUCUCAAGAUUCUGUACUGGCAGGUAGUGGGGGAACUAUUUCGCCCACACCUGGCACCCCCACAACUCCGGAUUCUCCUGGCGCUGACGGAGAUAACAUUAGGCGGAAAAAUCCAGUCUGUCGUUCAAACUCAUCGCCAGAAAUGUCAUCCAGCACAUGGAAAUCUUCACAUAUGACCCUUCAAAAAGAUAUUGAGGAACAAGACGAGGAAGAAAUCAUGUCCGUUGUUACAUUUGCCUCGCCUCUCAUUAAAUCAUCUAAGCAAUCCUUCCCCAAUUCCGAAUCAUCCCAAGAAGGUGCAUUCCAAACAUCUUCUGUUCAAUCUAAUAGCCAAUCACAGCAACAAUCCACUAGUCCAAAAGAAAGGAAAGAUACUAAUAAAGAAUUGCCCCCGCCAAUGAAUCCCAUAGGGCCCGGUAUCAAGGGUACCACAUCUCCAUUCAGACGAAGCUAUGAAGCAAUCCCGGAAGAAAAUACUCAACAACACCAACGCUCCGGUAGUUUGACUGGUAGUCCAGAAGCUCUUAAACCUGAAAUCAUUGGUCCUAUUAAACGCGAUAGGGUCUCUACGAUCUCGGUAAUGAUGCCUGCGGCUCGUAACCAAUUUCGAAGAAUGUUGUCACUUGGAAAUGGCGAAUCUGUAUCACGCGAUGCUCGAGCUGGUGGACAGCCUGAAUCUGGUGUACGCUCAGGAGUCACUCCAGGAUUCGUCUUUUUGCAACUUUGUUCUCAAGGAAUUGUUGGAAAGGGCGAGAGACCUAUUUUACUUCCCUCUGAAGAAUCUACAGCUAAAAGUCUAAGAGUUCUGGACUAUAUCCCUCCAUAUGAAACUCAUAAAAUUGGCGUGGUGUACGUUGGUCCUAGUCAGUCCAAAAAUGAAACGGCUAUUUUUCAAAAUCUUUACGGCUCUUCACGAUAUCGAGAUUUUCUGCAAGGAUUGGGUUCCUUGAUCAAACUUAAAGAAAUCGAUCCACAAAAGAAUUACAUGGGCGGAUUGUCAAAAGACGGGGACGAUGGCGAUUUUGCUUCGAUUUGGCAGGAUGAUGUAAUGCAGGUAAUAUUCCACGUGGCCACCUUGAUGCCAAAUAAAGUGAAUGAUCCACAAGGAAAUUGCAAGAAGAGGCAUAUCGGGAAUGAUUAUGUGACGAUUGUGUAUAAUAACAGUGAUGAAGAGUUCGAUAUCUCUACCAUAAAGGCGCAAUUUCUUUACGCUUGGGUGAUUAUCCAGCCGUUGGAUCACCGAACGAAUCGUGUCGUCGUGAAAUCAGCAUUGCCAAUCCUUGCUGAUCACAUUGGUCACUCCGAAGCAAAGAUUGUUUCCGAUCAGAAUCUUCCCAUUAUGGCUAGACAACUUGCUCUUCACGCCAAUUUGGCGUCUGUGAUUUAUCAAAAAAUGCAAGCUAAAAAUGCCGACCCCUACGCUUCGAAUUGGCUCGAACGAUUACGACAUAUCAAACGGCUACGAUCUCGUCUUUUCCCGGACAGUGGACUUUCUAGUUCUGAGGAAUUGUCAAACGAAGCACCUUUGCUUCCAAUCACCUCCAUGAAACGGCUUUUUGAAGAUUUUACCGAGUUUGUCUGAAAAUAACGUGGGAUGGUCAAAUGGAAACAACCUAAAGAAAAUUGAAAUUGUAUUAGGUUCUCGUUCUAUGCGCAGGCUAAUAACUAAAUAAGUCGUUAUCUAAUCAUCUUUUGGCUAGCUAAGCACCUUGCCGUUAAUGUUAAUGAUUGUUUGUUUGUCAAGAUAGUGCAUAGAGUGUUACAUGUGUUUCUCAAUAUUUUUUAAAUCAUUACGGUGUAUAAGUCUUGUCACAAUUUAAUUAAUUACAUAUUUAAUUAUUAUUUAAUUGAGCUACACAUUUUUUAAAUGCUGUCAUGCUGGACUAUCACCUAUUAUUGAGAGUGAGAGCACAUCUCAAAAUGUGAGCCUGCUACAAUUAUGUAAUAAUAAGAUUGUUUUUAACUUGGUUUUGGCCCAUAAAACAAACCAAAUCCUCACUUUGUACCUAAUUACUUGCCCUAUUUGUUGGUAAAAUUUUUGUGCGUGAUGAUUGUAUAACUGGAGGCGUGUGUAAUUCACAGUUUCUUAAUUAUUAAUUAUACCUGGAAAUUAGGCACGCUAUAAAUAAGAAUAGUUUGAUCAAUUUCAAUUAUGGUGUUGCGUUGCAUGCAAGUGCAAAAACAACCUCCAGAAUAAUUUUAUAUUUAGUAGUCGAUCGAUUAUGUAUGUCUUGUCAUGCUUACAUACAUACAUAAUGUUCGACCCAUUAUUAUUGUUAUUAUUAUUAUUAUCGUUACUGACGUUCGUCGAUUCGAAUGAGUGCUCAGCCUCCUGUAUAAAUUACUCAUCGCAAAAAAAGGCAGCCUAUUUUUUAUAUAUCCGAAACUCACAAUACAUCCAAAAGUCUUGGUUUUUUUAAUCGGGUUUUCGUCUUCUUUACAAACCUCAACGUAAUAAAAGAAGUAUCAUCUUUUAUUGAUCUUAAUAUUAAUAACCCAAAAGUAACACGAAUAAUAAUUUCCACUUAAAAAUUUAAUAUCCCUUUUAAUUACGAUACCAGUAAUAAUAAAAUAGUGAUGUAAUUCCAAGGUUCAAAUAUGAAUUGACUGAUGAUACAUGUAUAUGUACGUAAGUAAGAUUUAGACGUAUUUUUGUUGUUGAGAAUGAGGAUGGGAGCAUUGUAUCUGAGUAAAAGAGAUCAUUUCUUGCCAAACCAAAUACCAAAAUGUCUAUUAUCAUUUCACAUUCAAUUAUAUUAUUUAUACAGACAGGUACAAAUUCAUGCAUGUAAAUAAUAUGAAGUACAAGUGCGAAAAUGUGUAACACAAAAUUAGCAUUACCUAUUAGUCCGCAUUUCGCGAGCCAAUAUGAAGAAAUAAAUUAAGACAUUUUGGGAUUACCCUUGUCAAUAGCGAAUAA